AUGAAGGAAGAAGAAAGCCUCAUGUCCACCCAAACCCAACUUAUGCACUACUGGGGCAACACCCCAGAGCAAGAAUACUACAAUCUCCAAGGCAUCAAAGCCUCCAAAUCCUUCUACACCUCGCCCAGGGGCCUCAAGCUCUUCACCCGGCAAUGGCUGCCCCUCCUCUCCCCUCCACGUGGCCUCAUCUUCAUGGUCCACGGCUACGGCAACGACAUCAGCUGGACCUUCCAAGCCACCCCAAUUUUCCUCGCCCAACAGGGUUUCGCCUGCUUCGCUCUCGACCUCGAAGGCCACGGCCAAUCCCACGGCCUCAGGGCCUUCGUCCCCGACGUCCAUCUCGUGGUCCAAGACUGCCUCGCUUUCUUCACCCUGGUCAAGCAGCAAGAACCCCAAUUUCUAAACGUCCCCUGUUUUCUCUACGGCGAGUCCAUGGGCGGCGCCAUUUGCCUUCUGAUCCACUUCGCGGAGCCGGAAGCUUUUCAAGGUGCGAUUUUGGUGGCACCUAUGUGUAAAAUUUCUGAUAAGGUGAAACCCAGGUGGCCAAUUCCUCAAAUUCUGACGUUCGUGGCCAGAUUCUUUCCCAGCUUGGCCAUUGUGCCCACCGCGGACCUCAUGUACAAGUCUGUGAAGGUGGAGGAGAAGAAGAUCAUAGCGAAUAUGAAUCCGAUGAGGUACAGAGGAAAGCCGAGAUUGGGGACGGUAGUGGAGUUGCUCAAAGUGACGGAGUACGUGAGUCAGAGAUUGGGCGAUGUGAGUCUUCCGUUCAUUGUGUUGCAUGGAAGCGCAGAUGUUGUGACUGAUCCGAAUGUGAGCAGAGCAUUGUAUGAAGAGGCCAAGAGUGAGGAUAAGACGAUCAAGAUUUAUGAAGGGAUGAUGCAUUCCUUGCUGUUUGGGGAGACUGAUCAAAAUGUUGAUAUUGUUCGUGCUGAUAUUCUUUCUUGGUUGAAUCAUAGAUGCCAUGCCAGAGGAGGAGGAGCUGAAUGA